UCUAAUAGAGACGAUAUUAGUUGAUCGUUGGACAAAGUACUAGUCGUUUGGUUCUUCCGAAACUAUCAUGGUGUUCCUCUCAAGUGAUUCCUGGUGGAGCCAUGUGUCCGCUGGUCCUCCGGAUGUGAUGCUGCAAAGCGGUGAAGCUUACGCGAGAGAUCCGCAUCCUGAGAAAGUGGACCUGAGCGCUGGCGCCUAUCGAGAUGAUUCAGGAAAGCCAUGGGUGCUGCCUUGUGUUCGCGAGGCCGAGAAGAAGCUGGUGGCGAAAAACCUCGACAAGGAGUAUCUGCCCAUUGACGGUUACCCGGACUUCUGUUUGAACAGCGUCAAGCUGGUGCUCGGCGAGAAGUCGGAGCUGUUGGCAGAAGGGAAAGUCGCGAUGGUCCAAGGAGUUGCUGGCACUGGUGGACUUCGUGUCACACUAGAAUUCAUUUCCCAAUUUCACAGAGGUGUUCAAGAGAUAUGGUCCAGUGAUCCGACCUACGGUGCUUACGAGGGAGUUCUGCGACAUCUUGCAUCUGUUAAAAAAUACCGCUACUACGACUAUCACAAGAAAUGUCUCGACUUUACUGGUUUCCUCGAAGACAUCGGGCGAAUGCCAGAGGGAUCGAUUAUCCUGCUUCAACCCUCCGCGCACAAUCCCAGCGGCGUGGAUCCGACUCUGGAACAAUGGGCUAAAAUAUCGAGGGCGUUGAAGGACAGGCGAAUUUAUCCAAUUAUGGAUGUGGCUCACCUUGGCUUAGCAAAAGGUGACAUAGAACAGGACUCUGCUCCCAUAAGAUUAUUCGUCCGAGAUGGUCACCAGUUUACAAUAAUUCAGACCUAUUCCAAAAGCCUGGGACUUUACGGGGAACGCGCCGGUUCUUUGGCGUUCAUCACGGUCAGCGCAGAGGAAGCGACCCGAGUGAGAUCUCAGUUGAAGAUCAUUAUGCGCGAGAUGUACUCCUGCCCCCCUGCACACGGUGUCCGUAUUGCAAACGAGAUCUUCACCGAUCCUGAGCUAAAAGAACAGUGGAUGCAGGACCUGAGGACUAUGACAAACAAGAUAAACUCCGCGCGCAAAGCGCUCAAGGAACACCUAGAUAAAACCGGAACGAAAUUAAACUGGGAUCACGUUACCAAUCAAGUCGGAAUGUCUUGGUUCAGUGGAUUGACUUUAGAACAGGUGAAAAGAUUGGGCAACGAACAUCACAUUUACGCGUCGGUGGACGGUCGGAUUGCAGUGUGUCGUAUAACCCCUGGAAAUGUGGAACGCGUCGCCAGAGCAUUGCAUGAGGUUACCAAGUAAAGAUUUCGUUCAUUCUUACAACUGUUUGAGCGAGGUUUUUGAAAUUAUCGGCUGUGUCUUAGCGAAAAAUCCCUCAACUUUAGU